CCAUUUGGCAGUCAGCUUAUUUUUAGCCAGACUAUCAAAGUAUUUUUCAACUGGACUGUCACUGCACUUGAACUUGGAAUCUUGUAACCUGAGGAACUGCACUGGAGACAAGAAGACACCUCUAACAAAUGGGAAAUUAUAAAUCUAGACCAACCCAAACUUGCACUGAUGAAUGGAAGAAGAAAGUCAGUGAAUCUUAUGUUAUUAUAAUAGAAAGAUUAGAAGAUGACCUUCAAGUCGAAGAAAAAGAACUUGCAGAACUAAGGCACAUAUUUAGCUCCGAUGAUGCCUUCAGUAAAGUCAACUUAAAUUACCGCACAGAAAAUGGGCUGUCUCUUCUUCAUUUAUGCUGCAUUUGUGGAGGCAACAAGUCACAUAUUAGAACCCUUAUGUUAAAAGGGCUUCGUCCAUCUCGACUGACAAGAAACGGAUUUACAGCCUUGCACUUGGCAGUUUACAAGGACAGUGCAGAAUUGAUCACUUCCCUGCUUCACAGUGGAGCUGACAUACAGCAGGUUGGGUAUGGUGGCCUCACUGCCCUACAUAUUGCUACAAUUGCUGGUCACCUGGAGGUUGCUGAUGUCCUGCUGCAACAUGGCGCAAAUGUCAAUGUUCAAGAUGCAGUUUUUUUCACUCCAUUGCACAUUGCAGCAUACUAUGGACAUGAACAGGUAACCCGCCUUCUUUUGAAAUUUGGUGCUGAUGUAAAUGUAAGUGGUGAAGUUGGAGAUAGGCCCCUCCACCUUGCAUCUGCAAAAGGAUUCUUUAAUAUUGCAAAACUCUUGAUGGAAGAAGGCAGCAAAGCAGAUGUGAAUGCUCAGGACAAUGAAGACCAUGUCCCACUGCACUUCUGUUCUCGUUUUGGACACCAUGACAUAGUGAAGUACCUGCUCCAGAGCGAUAUCGAAGUUCAGCCGCAUGUUGUUAAUAUCUAUGGCGAUACCCCUUUGCACCUGGCAUGCUACAAUGGCAAAUUUGAAGUUGCCAAGGAAAUCAUCCAAAUAUCGGGGAUAGAAAGUCUGACUAAAGAAAACAUCUUCAGUGAAACACCUUUUCACAGUGCUUGUACCUAUGGUAAGAGCAUUGACCUGGUUAAAUUUCUUCUUGACCAGAAUGUUAUAAGCAUCAACCACCAAGGAAGAGAUGGGCACACAGGAUUGCACUCUGCUUGCUACCAUGGUCACAUUCGCCUGGUUCAGUUCUUACUGGAUAAUGGAGCCGAUAUGAAUCUGGUAGCUUGUGAUCCCAGCAGGUCUAGUGGUGAAAAAGAUGAGCAGACCUGUUUGAUGUGGGCUUAUGAAAAAGGACAUGAUCCGAUUGUCACACUCCUGAAGCAUUAUAAGAGACCGCAGGAUGAAUUGCCCUGUAAUGAAUAUUCUCAGCCUGGAGGAGAUGGCUCCUAUGUGUCUCUUCCAUCUCCCUUGGGGAAGAUUAAAAGCAUGACAAAAGAGAAGGCAGAUGUCCUCCUCCUAAGGGCUGGAUUACCCUCACAUUUCCAUCUUCAACUCUCAGAAAUUGAGUUCCAUGAGAUUAUCGGCUCAGGUUCUUUUGGGAAAGUAUAUAAAGGACGGUGCAGAAAUAAAAUAGUGGCUAUAAAACGUUACCGAGCCAACACCUACUGCUCCAAAUCAGACGUGGAUAUGUUUUGCCGAGAGGUGUCCAUUCUCUGCCGGCUCAAUCAUCCAUGUGUAAUUCAGUUUGUGGGUGCUUGCUUGAAUGAUCCCAGCCAGUUCGCCAUUGUCACCCAGUACAUAUCAGGGGGUUCUCUAUUCUCCCUCCUUCAUGAACAGAAGAGGAUUCUUGAUUUGCAGUCUAAAUUAAUUAUUGCAGUAGAUGUUGCCAAAGGUAUGGAGUACCUUCACAACCUGACACAGCCAAUUAUACACCGUGACUUAAACAGUCACAAUAUUCUUCUCUGUGAGGACGGGCAUGCAGUGGUGGCAGAUUUUGGAGAAUCAAGAUUUCUACAGUCUCUGGAUGAAGACAACAUGACAAAACAACCUGGGAUACCCAGUACCCACAGGCCAAAAUCCAAAUUCAUUGCCUGGAAGCCUCCUGCACUCCCAAAUCUGGCCCAGGGCCCCUCUGUGACCUCUUCUCCCAGAAACCUCCGCUGGAUGGCCCCUGAGGUGUUCACGCAGUGCACACGCUAUACCAUCAAAGCUGACGUCUUCAGCUAUGCUCUGUGUCUCUGGGAACUUCUCACUGGUGAAAUCCCAUUUGCUCAUCUCAAGCCAGCGGCUGCCGCAGCAGACAUGGCUUACCACCAUAUCAGACCUCCCAUUGGCUAUUCCAUUCCCAAGCCCAUAUCAUCUCUGCUGAUGCGAGGGUGGAAUGCAUGUCCUGAAGGAAGACCCGAAUUUUCUGAAGUUGUUACCAAGUUAGAAGAGUGUCUCUGCAACAUUGAGCUGAUGUCUCCCGCAUCAAGUAACAGCAGUGGGUCUCUGUCACCUUCCUCUUCUUCUGACUGCCUGGUGAGCCGUGGAGGGCCUGGCCGGAGCCAUGUGGCAGCUUUACGAAGUCGUUUUGAGUUGGAAUAUGCUCUAAAUGCAAGGUCCUAUGCUGCCUGGUCCCAAAGUGCUGGACAGUGUUCUUCUCAAGGCCUGUCUUUGGAGGAGAUGAAGAGGGGUCUUCAAUUAUCACCCAUUGACAAAUACGGCUACGUGUCCGAUCCCAUGAGCCCGAUGCAUUUCCAUUCUGGCCGGAAUAGUGGCAGCUUUGAGGACAGCGGCUGACAGCGUUCCGCAUAUACCUAAGGAGAGAUUUCCCCCAAACUGACAGCAACAAUUCCUACCGUGGCAGGCUUGCUUCCAAUUAUAAUAUUUUACCCUCUAAGGUCUCCUUAAAUUGGCUUGUUUAUACUGGUCCUCUUUAAUUCCCUACCACAAGUUGGGCUUUGGAUUUAUGGUUAAGGAAUGAAAUGCAAAGGAACCAAGACAGAAUGUAUGUAAAAAAUUUGUUUGAAUUUUGUAACUGAAAGAGCAAAUUUAUAUCAUUACUUGGAGAUGGGGCCUAAGACUAUGGUGGGCACUUCACAAUGAUUAUGUUUUCCUAGACUGAAUUAUGUGGACUUGCAUUUGAGAGCCACGGCUUUCAUUUUGUAGAAUAUUGUUCGUUUUCUUCUCUCAUUAAGUUACCUCUAGUGUUCAGCUCUGUGAUUAAAGGUUCUUUGUUGGCAUCCAAAAUGGA